AACAUAAUUAAAUAUUAUUUAUAUAUAUAUACACAUAUAUAUAUAAAACAAAAAAAGAAAACUCUUUAAAAGAUAGUCUUGCUCACUCACUUCAUUAGUUUUUUUUUUUCACACAAUCUUCAAAAAAAAAAAACAGAAUUCUUUCGGUUUGUUGUUCAUACACACAUGUGAACGUAUAUCGAAUAUUUUCGACAUAAUCGAUAUAUAAUUUCAGCUGAAUUUUCGUCGUACCGCUCUUCUACUUCUUGCUCACAUUGGAUGGAUAUUAUUCAAUGAUUAUUGGAUAAUAUUAUUAUUAUAUACAUAUAAUACUUGUGUGUAGCAUUGUUGUUACAGGACUGCAUUGUAAUUCUCAGUCCUGCAGUUUUGAAGGUCAGCAAAAAAAUAUAAAAAUAUAAAAAAUAAAUAAAUGGCUCCUAAAAAUGGAAAAACAAAACCACACAAAGCCAAAGGAGAGAAGAAGAAGAAAGAAGAGAAAGUUCUACCCACGGUAAUAGAAGUAACGGUUGAGAUACCUGACGACUCACAAGUCACACUUAAGGGAAUAUCAACGGACAGGAUCUUAGAUGUGAGGAAACUUCUGGCAGUCAACGUUGAGACUUGUCAUUUGACCAACUACUCUCUAUCCCAUGAGGUACGAGGGGGAAAGUUGAAAGAUUCGGUGGAAAUUCUCUCUCUCAAGCCCUGCCACCUCACCAUCGUACAAGAGGAGUACUCGGAAGAGCCAGCUGUAGCACACAUCAGACGGGUUUUAGACAUAGCCGCCUGCACAACCUUCUUCGGCGGUUCAUCGUCAUCUCCCAAAAAUGUACGGCCAGGCUCCAAAGAUGCCGGCGCUAAGGAAUCCGAUUCAACCACCUCCGAAACCGGUUUCGACAAUGCGGCCGCCGAUUCUUCACCCAAGCCCAAACCGGCGGACAAAAAAGCCGCCGGCACCGUCGCGGGGGUUUCGAAAGCCAAGCCGGAGAAAUCGGAGGUUACCGUUUCUACCGACGUCGCAUCCGCAGGACCGGACGCGGCGGAUAAAGGCGACGCUACGGCGGCGAUGAUGUACCCGCCGCCUAGGCUCGGGCAGUUCUACGAUUUCUUCUCGUUCUCUCACCUCACUCCGCCAAUUCAAUAUAUUAGGAGAUCAAAUCGACCGUACCUUGAGGAUAAAACAGAUGAUGAUUUCUUCCAAAUUGAUGUGCGGAUUUGCAGUGGAAAGCCAACAACUAUCGUUGCAUCUCGAAAAGGUUUUUAUCCUGCUGGAAAGCGGAAUCUCUUGAGUCAUUCCUUAGUUUGCCUAUUGCAGCAGAUAAGCCGAGUUUUUGAUUCUGCAUACAAGGCUCUCAUGAAAGCUUUCACCGAGCAUAAUAAAUUUGCGAAUCUUCCGUAUGGUUACCGAGCAAACACAUGGCUAGUGCCAUCUGUUGUAGCUGAGAAUCCAUCUAUUUUCCCUCCACUUCCAUUGGAAGAUGAAAGCUGGGGAGGAAAUGGAGGUGGGCAAGGAAGAGACGGAAAGCACGACUGCAGGCCGUGGGCGAAGGAGUUCUUGAUUUUGGCAGCAAUGCCAUGUAAAACGGCAGAGGAGAGGCAGACACGAGACAGAAAAGCCUUUCUCCUUCAUAACCUAUUCGUCGACGUUUCGGUCUUUAAAGCAGUUGCUGCAAUAAAGCAUCUCAUGGAAAUCAAUCAGAAGUCUACAAAUGGUUCCGAUUCGUCGAUUUCACACGAGGAAAGAGUUGGAGAUUUACUUAUUACCGUAUCGAAAGAUAUGCCGAAUGCAAGCACAAAAUUGGAUAGCAAAAUCGAUGGAAGCCAGAUUCUUGGAAUUCCGCACGAAGACCUAACCAAGAGAAACUUGCUUAAAGGCAUAACUGCAGACGAGAGUGCUACCGUCCAUGAUACUUCAACAUUAGGUGUUGUGGUUGUUAGACAUUGUGGGCAUUCCGCCGUUGUGAAAGUUUCAGCUGAGGUGGAUUGGGGUGGUAAUCCCAUUCCCCAGGAUAUUGACAUUGAAGACCAUCCCGAGGGAGGAGCAAAUGCCCUGAAUGUGAAUAGCUUGCGGAUACUGUUGCACAAGUCAACUACACCGGCACCCCAAUCAUCUAUCCCAGUUCAAAGGAUCGCGAAUGUGGAUAUAGAAGAAUCACAAACCAGUAGGCCUUUAGUCAGGCAGGUCCUUGGUGAAAGUUUACUUAGAAUUGAGGAAGAAGAAUCUAAACCGACAACUUCCGUUAGGUGGGAACUCGGUGCAUGUUGGGUUCAACAUCUGCAGAAUCAAGCUACUGUGGAAAAAGAGUCCAAAAAGAAUGAAGAGUCGAAAGUUGAACCAGCUGUGAAAGGUUUAGGGAAGCAUGGUGGACUUUUGAAGGAUUUAAAAAAGAAGAAACCAGAUGACCAAAGUAAAAAUGAUUCGAACAAGGAACUAAGUGGUGGUAAUAGUUCUGAUGCAAAGAAGAAGGAACUUGAUAAAAAAGACAAGGAAAACGAGAUCAUGUGGAGGAAAUUAUGCCCUGAAGCAGCAUAUUUGCGCCUAAAAGAAUCUGAAACUGGUCUUCACCUUAAGUCACCUGAUGAGUUGAUUGAGAUGGCACACAAAUACUAUGCUGAUACUGCCCUUCCGAAAUUGGUUGCUGAUUUUAGCUCGCUUGAACUAUCACCUGUUGAUGGAAGGACUCUGACUGAUUUCAUGCACACCCGGGGUUUGCAAAUGCAUUCCUUAGGUCAUGUGGUUGAACUUGCAGACAAGCUCCCUCAUGUUCAGUCGCUCUGUAUUCAUGAGAUGGUGGUUCGAGCUUACAAGCACAUUCUGCAGGCUGUUGUAGCUGCAGUGGAUGAUAUCGCUAAUAUGGCAUCUUCAGUUGCUUCAUGUCUGAAUGUUUUGCUAGGUACACCACCAUCAACUGGAAAUGGUGAUGCAGAUGUGAGUCAAGAUGAUGAACUAAAAUGGAAGUGGGUCGAUAAAUUCCUUUCGAAGAGGUUUGGGUGGCAAUGGAAGGAUGAAAAUCGAAACAAUCUUAGAAAAUUCGCGAUUCUUCGUGGGCUUUGUCACAAGGUAGGACUCGAACUAGUUCCUAGGGAUUAUGAUAUGGACACUCCCUUCCCUUUCAAGAAAUCGGACAUAAUUAGCAUGGUCCCUGUUUAUAAGCAUGUUGCUUGCUCGUCUGCGGAUGGCCGUACUCUUCUAGAAUCAUCUAAAACAUCCUUGGAUAAAGGCAAAUUGGAGGAUGCUGUUAAUUUUGGAACUAAGGCACUCUCGAAACUGGUUGCAGUGUGUGGUCCUUAUCAUCGAAUGACAGCAGGAGCAUAUAGUCUGCUGGCUGUGGUGCUCUACCAUACUGGGGACUUUAAUCAGGCAACCAUCUACCAGCAAAAAGCUUUAGAUAUCAAUGAGAGAGAGCUUGGACUUGAUCACCCAGAUACAAUGAAAAGUUAUGGAGAUUUAGCUGUCUUCUACUACCGGCUCCAACAUACUGAGCUGGCCUUAAAGUAUGUCAACCGAGCCCUGUAUCUCUUGCAUAUAACUUGCGGACCUUCUCAUCCAAAUACUGCUGCCACAUAUAUUAACGUAGCUAUGAUGGAAGAAGGUUUGGGGAAUGUCCAUAUUGCCCUUAGGUACCUCCAUGAGGCUCUUAAAUGUAACCAAAGACUGCUGGGAGCCGAUCAUAUACAAACUGCUGCAAGCUAUCAUGCUAUAGCAAUUGCUCUCUCAUUGAUGGAGGCAUAUUCACUUAGCGUUCAGCAUGAACAAACCACUCUUCAGAUACUGCAGUCUAAACUGGGACCAGACGAUUUACGCACACAGGAUGCGGCUGCAUGGCUUGAAUAUUUCGAGUCCAAGGCUCUGGAGCAACAAGAAGCUGCACGCAAUGGCACCCCGAAACCAGAUGCCUCCAUCUCUAGCAAAGGCCAUUUAAGUGUGUCGGAUUUGUUGGACUAUAUAACCCCUGAAGCGGAGAUGAAAGCAAGAGAUGCUCAAAAGAAACAAGCUCGUGCUAAGCUAAAAGGAAAAGUUGGUCCGAAUUCGGAAACGACAACAGAAGAAUACAACAACAAUGAACUCCCAUCACAAAACGAACCUAUUGCACAGAACACAAGUGAUAAAGAGAACAAAUCUGAGUCACAUUCUGAGGAGUCCACUAAGAAAACUGCCGAUAUAUUUUUGGCAGAGAAUACAUUGCUGGAUGAAAACAAAGACAUUACAGAAGAGAAUGAUCUAUCUGAAGAAGGAUGGCAAGAAGCUUUCCCAAAAGGGCGCUCAACGGUGGGCCGUAAGCCCUCAGCUUCUAGAAGACCAACCCUAGCAAAAUUGAACACCAACUUUCUGAGUACGUCGAAUCCACCUAAGCCCCGAGCUAAACCUAGUAAUUUCACCUCCCCGAGAACAAAUUCGAACGAGAAUGGUGCUUCAUUAGUAGCGGCUCCACAAAAAACCGUGAACAGUUCUAGCCGAAAGGUGAAUGCUCCUACUGCUGUGGCAGCUUCUAGUGAUGUCACUCGAGCUUCUGUUGUUAGUCCGGUGAGUGUUCAAACAGCUGGAAAACUUUUCUCUUACAAAGAGGUUGCUAUAGCGCCACCUGGCACAAUUGUUAAGGCUGUGGCGGAGCAGCAGCAGCAGCUGCCGAAGGAGAGCUCCGCUGAAGAAAAUCCCAAUUCGAGCAAGGAAACGAGCGGAGGAGAUUCAACAGCAGUAGCAUCAACAUUGAAGAAUAGUGAAGGGGAUGAAACUGAAAAACAGUUGGAUCUCGAUCCCAAGGAGAUUAAAUCUGCUACUCUUGAAGAAAAACAAGUUAUUAGUGAAAAAUCCGAUGAAAAAUCAACAGAAGAAGUGAGAGUUACCGAACGUGAAACAUCAAUCGAUUCUUCUGUGGUUUCUAAUUCGGUUACUUCCAUAAAAGAGGAACCAGAAGUACAACCGGAUUCAGGAAAAAGUGCUGAAUUACUGGAGAAAGAUGCUUCUAGUCCAAAGGAAAAAGUGGUAAGUGAAAACGUUGAUUCACUGCCAAACGAGGAACAACAGACACAAGCUAACGAGGCGGAGGCUGGAAAGGAACCAAGCAAGAAACUCUCUGCAGCCGCACCUCCAUAUAACCCAACCACGGUUCCGAUAUAUGGUUCAGUUGCUGCACCUGGUUAUAUCGAGCACGGAGGAUUACUGCCACCACCGAUGAUUGCAGUCAAUCCUGUCCGUCGAUCGCCCCACCAGUCAGCUACUGCUAGGGUUCCGUACGGCCCACGUCUCACCGGUGGGUACAACAGAUCGGGAAAUAAUCGCCUUCCAAGAAAUAAGCCAGGUUUCCAUAACGGUGAACACAACGGGGAGGUCUUCAUCCCUCAGAUAAUAAUGAGCCCGCAUGCCGUUGAGUACGUACCUGGUCAACCGUGGGUACCGAACGGGUACUCUGUAGCCCCGAAUGGUUAUAUGACUUUCUCCCCGAACGGAUAUCCUAUUUCACCAAACGGUUACCCUCAGUCGAUCGGCUUUCCUGUUUCUCCGGUGGAUUCGUCAACGGAGUCUCCUCCAGCUGUGAGUGUUGAAGUUGCAGAUGAAGACGGGAAAGAUGAAGUUGUUGUCGAAGAGGUUGAAGAAGCGUCGGAUGAAGAUAAAUUGGAGGAACAAUCUGCAGUGGCUACCGAAAAGACUCGUUCUGAUCUUAUGGAAGGUGAUGAGAAAUUAGUUUGUGAAGGUGAAGGCCAUGGAGAUAGCAGCACGGCUGUUGAAGAAAAGUCAACCGACAGCGAAGCUGAGGUUGUUGUUGAGGUAGCCAGUUAAAAAAAGGCUCUUUAUUUUUCGGUUUGCUAAUCCAGUUUUAGAUAAUGGGCUCUUUUUAGAAUAUCCGCGAUUGUGGACACGAGGUAAUGAGUUGAUGGAAGUCAUUUUUCUCGAGUCCUCGUGAAAAGAACUGUUGAACUUCAUUGGCUGCGCGUGCAAGAAGCGCCGACUGGCUAUUACUUUGAUGUGCAGAAGUUACACUUGGACAGGGAUUAAAAAUUCUUUCUUUCUUUCCUUUUCUUUCCCCCCCUUUUUGCAGACAUUUUUUUUCCGGACAUGUAAUAAUAAACGUAUUCACGUUGUAACGUUUUGCGUAGAAACCUUUUGUACACAGUUUGCCUCCCAGACGGAAACUAUGAUUCAGUGCCAUAUUCUGAG